AUGCUCAGUGGUAGACCUGAGAAAACAAGCAAAAUGUCAGACCAACAAGACACCAAAGACAUCACCAAUGUCACCACACGAUGCCCCGAGGAUCCCGCGCACGCAGAAACCGGCGAUGAGCCGGACGUCGCCAGCAUCGAGCGCAUCUACCGAAAGCUAGACUACCGCAUAAUUCCUCCCUUCUGGAUCCUCUAUUUCCUCUGUUCCGCCAUCCGCUCCAACGUCGGCCUCGCGCAGACCAUGAACGAAGAUGCCGGACACGACCUAGGUACUGUGCUGAAUGCGACCCCACACCAGAUCUCAACUGGUCUCGCGCUGUUCUACGUGUGCUAUGUGGUGUUUGAUCUGCCGUCGAAUCUGAUCAUGACAAGACUCAGUCCGCAUGUCUGGAUGAGUCGGAUUGUCAUUAGUGUGGGUGUUAUCGGGGCUUGUAUGGCUGCUAUGAAGGCGGCUUGGAGUUUAUAUUUGCUCCGCCUCCUCCUCGGAAUCGUCGAAGCAGGCCUCUGGCCCGGCAUGUCCUACUACCUAACCCUCUUCUACCCGCCCUCGCGCACCGGAAAGCGAAUUGGCCAGUACUACACCGCAGCGCAAAUCUCCGCCGCAGUCGUGGGCCUCGUCUCCGCGGGAUUCCAAGGAAUGGAUGGCGACCGCGGCCUAGUAGGCUUCCAAUGGAUGUUCCUCAUCUACGGGCUCGUCACUAUCGUGCUUGGCAUCGUCCUGCUCUGGUGGCUACCUGAUCGGCCAGUCAUUCCCGGAUCCCCAGAGACCGAGAAGAAGAAAUACUUCGGGGUAAUUCCCCGCAGUGCACCUGCGCUCUCUGGCGCAAACGCUCUGGCCCACUACCACGACUUGCGCCGUGUGUACCACCGUCCUCGCUGGACACUGCGUGACCUUGCUCGCGUCUUCCUCGACUGGCAUCUGUGGCCGCUACUCAUAAUGUACUUUGGCGUCGUGGGUGUGGGCAUCGGAGUGCAGAACUACAGCACCAUUAUCAUCCAAGCCACCAACCCCUCCCUUUCAUCAGUUGACUUAUCUCUGCUCUCAGCACCGAUCUGGUUAAUGGACUUACUAGCCAUUUUGCUUAUCACGCCUAUCUCCGAUCGCUUCCAUCGUCAUCGCGCGCUGUUUUUCUCAGGGCCCGUUGUAUUGCAGAUUCUCGGACUCCUGCUUAUGACAUAUGCUGGGUCCGAUGCGAAUCCGUGGCCCCGGUAUGGUGGAUUGUUGAUUGUGGGUUUUGGACUUGGCCCUACUGUACCUGUUACUAUGACUUGGACGAAUGAGCUUUUCCAGCCUAGACAUGGGGAGGUUGGUGUUGCUGCGGCUUCGGCUGUAGUGUCUGGAUGGGGCAAUUUGGGGAGUAUCUUGACGACUUAUGCGUUGUAUACAGGGUGGAAGUCGGAUGCCGAGGCCCCGGGGAUGGCCAAAUAUCGCAAAAGUAAUUUGGUCAUGGUUGGGAUUCUGUGUGGCAGCAUUCUGGCUGCCUUCUUGAUGCAGUUCUUGGUCUGGUUCGUGGACCGAAAGAACCCUGACUCUACAGCUACUGGUCAAAAUGACAUUGUCGAUGGCGCUGCACGCCGCGAGGCUGGCCAGAGAGGACUUCAUGGUCUGGGGUCAAAUCUUACCAAGAUAUUACCGAAGAAAUAG